AUGCUCACAUAUGCAGGCAUGCAAAACAUCAGCAGCAGCAGCAGGAACAGCAGCUGCAGCAGCAGCAGUAGCAGCAGCAGCAGUAGCAGCAGCAGCAGCAGCAGCAGUAGCAGCAGCAGCAGUAGCAGCAGCAGCAGCAGCAGCAGUAGCAGCAGUAGCAGCAGCAGUAGCAGCAGCAGCAGCAGUAGCAGUAGCAGUAGCAGCAGCAGUAGCAGCAGCAGUAGCAGCAGCAGUAGCAGCAGCAGUAGCAGCAGCAGUAGCAGCAGCAGUAGCAGCAGCAGCAGCAGCAGCAGUAGCAGCAGUAGCAGUAGCAGCAGCAGCAGCAGCAGCAGCAACAGCAGCAGCAGCAACAGUGAAAGCGGCAACGGUAGCAUGGGGCUUACAUUUUAG